AUGUUCAUCCAAACCGAGCCAACGCCAAACGCCGAUGCAUUGAAAUUCAAUCCCAACCAGCGAGUUCUUCCUGAAACAAUAUCGUCGCCUUUCCUCGAAUAUCUAAACCCGCGCUCGACUCUCGCACCCCCACAUCCUUCUCCGCUAGCGGCCCAACUACUCAACAUCGACGGCGUAACGAGCGUCUUCUUUGGCGCAGAUUACAUUACCGUAACAAAAGACUCGGCAACGCCAUGGAGUCACAUCAAGCCUGAGGUAUUCGCUAUCAUUACCGAAUUCAUGACAUCUGGAUCACCAAUUGUCAACACCGUGGCUGCGAAAGCUGGAGAACAAGGUCAAGGUGGUCAAGAAGCCGACAGUCUGGCCUACGAUGAGAACGAUGACGAAGUAGUUGGAAUGAUCAAGGAGCUGCUCGAGACGCGCGUCCGGCCCGCGAUCCAAGAGGAUGGUGGUGACAUUGAAUUCCGGGGCUUCAACGACGGCCAGGUUCUCUUGAAGCUGCGCGGUGCGUGCCGGACUUGCGAUUCGAGUACAGUAACGUUGAAGAACGGAAUUGAGAGCAUGCUGAUGCAUUACAUUGAAGAAGUCAAGGGGGUACAACAGGUUUUGGAUCAGGAAGAAGAGAUUGCAAUGAAGGAGUUUGCCAAGUUUGAGGAGAAGUUGAGACAGCAAAAGGGCGAGGAUGCAGUCAAGGGCACGGUUGGCAAGGGCAGUUUGGAUUAUGUCGAGUAA